CUACCUAACUGUACGUCAGUCCGGAUAAAAUGUGUGUUCCUUCCUAUGUCUGCACAGAUCAGCACUUUAUUGCAGUCUUCAUGAGCUGACUUUUUUGCAGGCUGAUUGUCACAGCUGGGCGAUCUACAUUUCACAUACAGUCCUUGCCAUGACUUUCCAGUGCAAUUCCAAAGGAACUGAUGUGCGGUAUGUCUCUAUGAAACCACCACCAAGAGUACUUGGAAUUGGAAGGAUAACCAACUACCACCACAACAAUCCAUGGACAAUUAACUCUCGGUCUCCCUUGAUCUUCACCAUCCAGUACAAUGUGGAGGACGAGAUAAAA